AUGCCUUCACCUGCAGCUUCAAGUGGCGGAGACAACAACACUGAAUCGGCUUCAGCCGGCGACCUGCUUCAGUGCUUCAACACCAGCUGUGGCGCCCAGUUUCGCGAGGUGGACAACGGCGAUGAUGCCUGCACCUACCACCAGGGAAAGCCGUACUUCCACGACGGCUACAAGGAGUGGACUUGCUGCAAGAUGAAGUCCCGUGACUUUACCAUCUUCAUGGGCUUCAAGGGCUGCACCAAGGGCCGCCAUAGCAACGUCCAGCCGGAAAAGCCCAAACCUGAGCCGGCUCCGACAGAUGUGCCUUCACCCGUUUCCAGCGAGUCUCCAAAAGAGGAGCAAGAACCGGAGCGUCCGUUCGUGCCGCCUGAUGAGAGCCUAGUGCAGAACAUCAAAGUGGUCGAGUCGGCGAAUCUCGCCUCGGCGCCUCCGGUGAAGAACAUCGUCAUUUGCAAGAACUGCAAGGCCGAAGAGUCGUCUCUGGUGCCCCUCUCUCAGUGCUUCUACCACCGAGGAGUGCAAGUUUUCCACGACUCACUCAAAUUCUGGAGCUGCUGUCCGCACAAGAAGUUCACCGAGUUUGAGGAGUUCCAGAAGCUGCCGCCCUGUGCCCAGGCCGACCGUCACCAGCUGAUGGUGAAGAUCGACUACAAGGAGAACUGGUUCCAGACCGGACCGACGCUGACCAUUGCCCUCUACGGCCUGAAGGGUGCUCGCUACGUGGAGGAUAAGUGCCAGGUGAAGCUGGUCGGUGGCCGCAAGUUGUUUGUUCGACUGGUGAACGCCCAGGGCAUUACCAUCUUCGAGAAGCAGUGGCACCUCUUCGAUUACAUCAAUCUCAACGACAGCUGCAAGGUGAUCCUCAAUCCCUCCAACGUGCAGAUAGUCCUGCAGAAGGCCAACGGCAGAAGUCACUGGCCGGAGCUGGUGGUGAAGCAGCAGCCCGGCAAGCCGUGA